AUGUGCCCCACUAUACUGCAAACGGAUGCUUCUCGUUUAUAUGGUAUAGGAUAUGCCCUUCUGCAAGACCACGGGGAAGGCCAUUUCCGCUUGGUCCAGUGUGGUUCACGAUUUUUGGCUGAUGCAGAAACUAGAUGGGCCACCAUUGAACCCCUGGUACCCAUCUUGAAUACAUAUACUUUGGAUGCAGUGGAAAACACACGUCUACAACGUCUAAAAGAGAAAGUUUCACCAUAUAUCUUCACUGCAGUGUGGCGUAAGGGCAAGGAACAUUGCAUCCCUGAUGCCCUCUCACGUUCCCCUGUGAGCCUCCCAACGUCUGAGGAUGAUAUGCUAAAUAGUGAAACCCAUCUUUCCCUAAGGAGUGUAAUAGCCAAGACCGUCAACGCAAUUUCAGAGGUGAAGACAUCAACUACACAAGAUCUUACCUUGGAAGAAAUUCGCACCGCAGCACGUGAGGACCCCUCAUACACAAGACUCCUCCAGAACGUUGCCAAUGGAUUCCCCAGUCAUUGCUACGACCUCCACAAUGACAUACUACCCUUUUGGAAAAUAAGGGAGGAAUUAUACACCGAUGAUGACCUUGUAUUGUACGGAGCCCGAAUAGUGGUUCCCUCAGCUAUGCGACGCAAUAUUUUAACACGCCUUCAUGACAGCCAUCGUGGUGUGGAGGCAACUAAGCGUCGGGCUAAACAGACUGUAUAUUGGCCAGGUAUUAAUUCAGAUAUAGCAAAUACGGUCCAUGCCUGUGAGCCAUGUCAGAUAAUGCAGCCAAGUCAACAGCAGGAGCCGUGGUUAUGCAACGAGAACCCCUCUCGUCCUUUCGAAUCUGUAUCGGCUGAUUUCUUCAGUGUUGCUGGGAAAUCUUUCCUCGUGUAUGUAGACAGGCUAUCUGGAUGGCCACUAGUGGUAAAAUUUGGUACUAAUACUACAGCAGAAAGCAACGACAACGACACUUCAGCCACAUCUUCCGAGACUUAG